AAACUCAGGGCCAGCCACCAUGGUGAACAUCAAGGACGGUCCGCAAUUCAUCCCUCACACGCAAACCAACCUAUCGUACACACCUCACGACGUGAAAUGGAUUCCAUGCUCUGCGCGUCUUGUGUCGGUGGGGGCGACGGCAACUGGAAAAGGAAAGCUGGAAAUAUACGCGCUGAGUGGAGGAGCAUUGAAAAAGACAGCGGAAACAGUCCACGCACAGAGCCUUCGAUGUGCCACGUUCGGAGCAGCAACGCUGGAGGAGAGGAAACUCGCGACUGGGGAUUGGAACGGGGACCUGUGUGUC